CUUUACUUCGAUCUUGCAUUAACGACGUUGCCUAUUGCAACUACAGUUGCGACAUGAUGCCUGUACAUUCAGUAGUCGGCACUCAGGCUCCCUUUAGUACGCAUGGUAGUUACGUUAUACAGGAUAACAAGUGUUGGUUAAUCCCGAAUAUAUUUUUUCACAUAGCGCAAGCCGGCAGAAAGCCCUAGGUAGCUAGUUGACGUGUGAUAAACUUGCCGGGGUUACGAACUUGUCUAGCGAAGGAGACGCGCACCUGGAUAGCAUGUAAGUAGAAUACAGUUUGCACUGGUUGCGCAGUACAGGGUUCAUGUUCUUCUCGUUGCCGUUGCCUACAUACGCAGUCGACAUAGGGUGCCGGCUACCGUGCUACCUUCUAGUAUUGCUUGCACCGGCUGGUGUGUUAUACUUAAUGUUUAACUGUAGCCCAUUUUCAGGGAGUAACUACGCACUUCUCUGGAAACCAGUACUAACUCCUACUAACCUUUGUGUGCCUACCUACCGAUGCUGGUAAUCGCUUAAGAAUGAUAACGGUUUCAUGGUCUGUCAUCUUAGCUGAACUACCUGGAAUGCCCAAGCAAGUCUAGUUUGGCCGCAAGCCAUUCGCGGCCUGACGUGCCUUUCCACUGCCCUGUCGCUGUUGGAUUCAGCGGCAUGGAAGGCGAGUAUAUGUGGAUGAUGCCUACUAGGAGGUUACAGCAGGAUGGGGCGCGCCCGCCAGCGGGUGAACAGUCCAUGUCCGUUAUCAAUAUGGACAAGCGCCCAGACACAGUCCUAAUUGCCCUGGUGGUUGCCGUACCGACCGUCCUGAUAAUGCUGGUGCUGCUGCUGGCGUUCCUGCUAUGGCGUCAGUGCCGCCGUACAAGGACCUUGGCGGGUGCCGUACGGCCGCCUGGCAUAGGGCCCCAGACCACCCUUCUCGUCACGGACAUUAUGAAUUCUACGGUCCUAUGGGAAUGCCUGCCGGCUUACGUAAUGGACAAGUCUGUGCGGCUGCACCACGCCUGCCUCCGAAAGCUGCUCCGCACCUUCAACGGAUACGAGAGCGCAACGGAGGGUGACUGUUUCAUCCUAGCCUUCCACGCCCCGGCAGAUGCAGCCAGAUUCGCACUCACCGCUCAAAUGGAGCUCAUGGACCAGCAGUGGCCAAAUGAACUACUAGAGCACCCAGAUGCUUGUGAGGUUUGGGUCAGCUGUCCGCCUGCCAAGCGCAGUCCUUUCGGUGAACCCUUUGGUGCCGUACGGCAAAUGCACGGCAACCAUCAUCAUCACAACGGUCACCACAGCAACCACAGCUACAAUACACAUAGUGGUGCAUAUCAACAAAGUAAAGCCGUGUAUGAACGACAGCAGGGCGAUGAUCGAGAUCAUCAUGAACAACUGCCAACUGCCAUUAACCACCACCAACAUAACGGCAGCAACGGCUUUGGUGGUGGUGGUUCUGGUGGAGGAGCUGCCGCAGCAGCAACAGCUGCUGCUGGUGUUUCUGCUGUUGCUAGCGGCGGCAGCGGCAGUGAUUUGUACAGCAACAAACGAGGCGCUGGUGGCAGCGGUACGGCAGCCUCCCCAUUUGUUGCGAUCUCUGGCAACAGCAGACAUCUCGCCAUGUCGUUAGCUGCAACAGCAGCGGCGCAACCUUCAAGAUUGUCGUACAUUGCCUGUCCAAUCAGAGGAAGUGCAGAUAAUAUCAGUGGCAGUGGUGGGGCCGCCUGCAGCAGCGGCGGCGCCUCCCCCCGUGGUAGCAGUCGGGCCCUAUGUAAGGGCACUUCCGUGUCUUGGCGCUUGCCAACGUGUCGUACGAUAGGUGGUGGCGGUGCCCCUGCAGACGUCAUUAGCAUGGGUGGUGGCAUCAACGUUGGUAUGGGCAGCGCCUGUCGUACAGACAAUGAAAACGCACUGCAGCUGGUUACAAUCAAGCAACGGGAGCGAUUGACGAGUCGGAGUGCUAACACGAUGAUGCCGACAGCAGCGGCGACAGCGUCAAUGGUGGCGGCGGGAUUGCGCAUGUCGUACAGUGGGGGUAGUGCGGCCACUAGCACCACCCCCACCCCGGCUGCUACCUCCAGAUACGGCUCGUACGACAAUGCAAUCCAUGAUUGCGGCCCUGCUGCUGCAGCCCAGAUGGACCCUGCUGCCACCACUGGCCUUGUGGGCGCGAGCAGCGGCGGCAGCUGUGUCAGUAGGCGUGGCGCCAUUGUUGGCGUCGGCAGCAGCAUUGGUGGCAGUGGUGGCGGCGUUGGAGGGAGACCUGCCGUACAAGCCUCCUGCAGCUGUGCGCCGGGCAGUGUUUCCUGUCCAGGGACCUUGCGGGGCGCUUCAUGCCAACGGAGUACCGGACAUGCCAGCAGCAGUAGCAACACUAACGACAAAAGCGCUGCCCAAAACUACGGCAAACACAAAAGCAGUGACUUCAACAUUGGCUUGCCAGACAGCAGGAGGGGUUGCAAGGACCAUAUCAGCGAGGGUGGUCGCGGCAACGACCAGCAUUCCAACCAUAACAACGGUGACUGCGGCUUGGGCGGCGACGGACAUGGCAGCAGCAUGGGCGGUUCAGAGGAUCUCAGAACUGGACCCUCCCUGUCCGGCUGCGGCAGCUGCUACAGCCUAAGUGGAGGCAUCGCCGGUGCCGUGGACAGUGACAUUGCAUGUGGUGUCAAUGCCCAGCAGAUGGGGACGACACACGCUGAGUACGGCCCUGACGCUGACGGGAACAUGAACACCAUCCACGUUGAUGGAGGCGGCUGUGACCGCAACAGCUCCCUCAGAGCACCGGCUGAGGACCACCUGCAUGGUAUAAGACGCAGUAGCAAGAGCUGCAGCGGUGAUGGUGGCAGUAGCAGUGGCGGUGCUUUCAGGGAGCUACUGGCCGCGGCACUUGCGGACGCAGAGAUUGCGUCCUGUACGGCAGCAGCAGAAGCUGCUGCUACAUCCACUGCUGGUUGUCGUACAGAUAGAGGCAAAGAUGGCAUCAAAGCUGACCCACAUAGUGCUCGUACGGCAGUACCGGUAGGGGAGAGCUGCCGCCAGAAGGUUGGGGAUGCUGACGUUGCUGGUGGUGACAACCCAAACCAACAUGGCUGUGGGAGCAGCACCCGCAGUGCAAGCGCCAAUGACCGAGGCAGCAAUGGCAGCAGUUGCCUUGGCCAGGAGCAUGCUGCUUCCUCAACUGUCAAAACAAAAGCCACGUCAGAUGCAGCGCUCUGGGUAUCUGUCGUACCACCUGUCGUACCGCCUGCUGCUGCGGAUGCCGCUGCUGCAACGGAUGGACACGGCAGCAGUGCUGCUGCUGCGGCUGUUGCAGACGAUGCUGCUGCCAAGCGCAGGAGCAGGAAACCUGCUGAUAGGGGCUUGCGGCGCCAAAGCUGUUGCUUGAAGGAGUUGGGGACAGCUGUAGGGGAGCAGGGGGACCAAGGAAAUGCGGACAAGGAUAAUGAGGAGCAGCAGCAGCAUUCCAUGGCCCCGGCAUCUCGGCACUGCUUCCUCACUGAUUGUCAGCAACAGCCACCCCACCAGCAGCAGCACCAGCAACACCAGCGCCUCCCUCUCACGUCUUCCCAGGCUGCUACCGGCGGCACUUCCUCUCCCAGCAUGUUCCGGGGGAGCAGCGGCCGCAGCGGCCGCGGCAGCAGUGGUGUUGGUGCUGGUGAGAUCGGUCGCUGCGGUGGGGGUAGCACUGGUGGUGGUGGUGGUGGUGGUGGCCGUGGGAACGCUGGCGGCAGCAACAGCAGCACCGGUAACAGCACGGCAUGGUUCCGGCCGUCGUUGGAGCGUGACAGCCCGCCACAGCAGCAGCCGGAUCGCACGUCCGUUCAGUCGACUAACUGCGACGGACGCGAUACCUUCUGCAGGUACUCGAGCCUUUCCGUCUGGAUAUCCCAGCCUUCCUGCACUGCAGGUGGCGGUGGCGGCGGAGAUGCCAGCGGUGCAGGCGCAGCAGCCCACCUGCUUAAGGGCACUAGCAGCAGCCGAGCGCUGAGGCCCACUUUGGCAGCAGCUGCGGUGUCGACCUGCAGAACCGGCAGCAGUGUACGAGCAGCACCACCAGCAGCACCACCCUUGGGGGCUUUGUUGGAGACCAUUGGGUCUCCUGGCGGGUUGGGAACGCCAUCCUCCUCCUCCUCCUUGUCACCACCGGCAGCAACGACGGUCCUUCCGCCUGCUGGCAGUACGGAGGGAGGCAGGCAGUACGGAGGAGGAGCUUCCGGGGCUGUCGCAGGCGGCCGUCAUGCUGGUAAUAGUGUCGGCUGUGAUGGCGGCGAUGGCAGUGAAGGUGGCGGCGACUGUAGUAGCUCGAAGCUGUUCUACACGCCUCCGAGGGAUCUGGCUCUCAUGUUGACGGACGCUGGUGUCGUCCUGGGCAGCAGCAGUGGAGGCGGUGGUGCGCACCGCUGCUACCACGACCUGCAUGGUGAUGCUGGUGGUAGCAGCGGCAGUGGUGGUGAUGAUGGUAAUGAAGGUGGCUCUGUUUACGCAGAUGCGUGCUCUGGCAUUCCUCCAUUGUCUUGCACUGCUACCGUACCCGAAGCACCCCCGACACACCAGUGCUGCCAUAGCGCAAUGGAGCCUCCUUCUGCAGCAGCAGCAGUGGCAGCGGCGGCAGCAGCCGCGGCAGCGGGACAGGCAGCAGCGACCACAACAACAGCAGCAGCAGCAGUGGCAGCUGCGGCGGCCGGCAGUGCCGCCAUCAACUGCUACCCCCCUGUGGCUCCCCCAGCAACCACCAUACACCUGAGGAUUGUCUCGUCCGCCCCCGCUGGCACUCCAAACACGCGGUCACAACCCUGCAGUGCUGCUGCUGCUGCUGAUAGGGGUGCCGAUAGCCGUGUCCUGGAUGCUGAUAAUGCCAUGCCUGCCACAGCCGCUAGUGCUAGCGCCUCCUACGCGCCGUCGCUGUCAUGCGGUGCUGUCUCAAGUGCAACCGCCGCAACCGUCAACCGACCCCCGCUGGCUCCUAAUUCUCUUGGCUCCUGUUCUUCAUGUCCAGCGGAGAUAACCGCAAGCAGUGGCUUUACCGCGCCACCGCCAACAUCAUCCAUUCCCACUACCUCCGAAGCCGGUUUGGUUCUAACCACCUCAGCUCCUCCUGGUUUUGCAAACUUCCCUCCAACAGCGACUUCGACAACGCUAACGGAAUCCGUACAACGGUUGGCGACGAGGCAUGGCCCUCACCCACACCAGCAUGCCCCGGUGGUUGUGCGCAUGCCGUCACCAAAGCAGGGUCUCCUUCGGCAGGUCUCCACGAAACUUCUAAUGGAGCGGAUGUCACGGGAUCUGGGUGGCGGAGCCCCAGCCGGCGCCGAUCGGUGCUGUGAUGGGGACGGCGACAACAGCACGAGCAGCGCCAGUAGCAGCCAUGGUUGCAUUGUCGGUGGUGCUGCUGCUAGUGUGGGUAGCAGUGGCAACGGCAGCGGCGGCGACAGUGGUAGCUGCAGCGGUGGAGGAGCAGAGAGAGGCAGGAGGGGCGACGGCAUCACAUCACGCUCCAAGGCCCUCCUAGCAGCUUGCAAGCUUGCUGCAGCCUUAGUUACUGGGCAAUCGGUGACGCAGCAGGAUCUCGAUGACGCAGGGUUCGGAGCUUCACGUGGUUUCAAAGCGGCAGUAACAGUUGAAGGACAGCCACCGCGUCACAGCAGUAGCCGCAGCGGCGGCAGCUGGAAUGGUGCCAGUCGUAGCAGCAGCAAGAGGAGGGGGGACGAGCACAGGGCUGACGGUGGUGGUGGUGGUGGUGGUGGUGGUGCCCGUGAAGACAGCAGCACUGGCAGCAGCCGGGAAGGAGAUGGUACCAGCAGCAGCGACGGCCGCGGCAGUUAUGACGGAGUAGGUCGGCACGCCGGUGUCCGCACGUUCUAUCGCGGUGCUGCCGCUGAUGGUGACAGCAGGGCACAUGAUGAAUUCAGCAGCAGCAGCAGCAGCAGCAGCUGUAGCAGUAGCAGUUGCCGGAAUGUUGCUCGAACAGAUGCCGCUAGCAACGCCGUUGCUGACACCAGCGGUGCCGCUGGUACGUUGCGACCAACAACGGGAGCAACAGAGUUUUCGCCCGUGCACAUCCGCAAGAGCUUGAGCUUAAGCGUUAGUGCAGUACGAGAGGCUGUAGCUCGCGAAGCCCUCGACCGGGCCGCGAGCUUCAAUACCACGACAACAACAACCGCCGCAGCGAGACAUGUUGCUUCCAGGACCAUCACAUCUUCUUCGCGACCUUCACCAAACGUGCAACAGCAGCACGCAAGGACCAACAUCCCGCCAUUGUCAUACAACGCGAUGUUCAGGAAACCCUCCGACAAGGCACUACAGUACAUGGAGGACCCUGGCAACAACAACAACAACAGCAUUGCACUUCCUCGCAGCUACAGCAGGAAUCGUGGCGGUCAUGGGUUUCGUGCCGUGUCUAGAAGCCACAGUGGAGGUCUGGGUGGUGGUCUUGUCACGAACCCAGGCCUCUUAUCCAUAAUCACGGAGGGCGCCUCUUCGACUGGGAUGGCGGCAGCGGCUGCUGCCCCAGCCUCCGUGACAGCUCCAUCGCUUUCGCUCGCACCAUUGCCUUCACCUCAGCCUUACCACCGUCAUCACUACCAACAGCAGCAGCAACAACAACGCUCCACAGGUUCACAUGUGCCGCCUGCAAGUGCCCCGCUCUUCAGGUGUACGACAGUCCCACACGGUGGUGGCGGCUGUGGGGUUUCCGAGGACCGUGGUGGCCAACGCAGCAGUGGCGGCGGUCCGGCUGGUGUCCCAGGUUCAAUCCACAACAGCGGCACUGUUUUGAAUCUGCCCAUGACGUCAACAGAGGCUCUCGCUGGCCUUGGUCCUGUUCACGAAUUGCUACACCAGUUGACAUGGAGGGAAUUCCUCCGUGACCUCUUCCCCAUCAUCACGACAAGCAUAUCACCCGGUGGAGCUGAUAACAACGAACCGGGAGCCGCUGGAAGCGGCAGCCAAGGAGGCGAUGGUGGGUUGACCGGAUACACCAGUGCUUCCGAAGCUGGCGGUGGCGGCAGCAACGCCGGUGGCGGCUACAGUGGAUACGGCAAUGCCUACGGCGGUGCUGGAGCUUUGUACGGCGAUGCAUCCGUACAUGGCGCUAGUAACGUGUACGGCAAUGUUGGCAGCCCCAUGUACGGCGGUGAUGUAUCUGUACGGGCUGGGGGAAUGUACGGCGGUGGCAGCGACAUCUCCCUACGUGGUGGUCGAAUCUAUGGUGGCGACAUGUCGAUCCGAAGUGGGGCUAUGUUUGGCGGCGGUGAUUUUCCUGUCCGGGAUGGGAGAGUGUACGGCGCCGAUAUCUCCGUACGGGGUGGCGGAAUGUACGGCGGCAGCGACACCUCUGGACGCGAUGUUGGGGGCCGAACGUACGGCGGCGGCAGCAUCUCCCUACGUGGUGGUGCCGUGUACGGCAACGACGCCUCCGCACGUGGAGGCGGAGUGUACGGCGGUGGUGAUGCUUCUGUACGGGCCGGAAUGCUUGGAGGUGCCUCAAUAAGGGCAAGGGCUGCCUUUGGAGGCUUCCCUCCUGGCGGCGGCGGCGGUAGCAUGUAUGGAGACGUAUCUGUCCGGGGCGGCAACCAGAACGGCGGAAUGUACGGUGCUUUCACUGGCUACAAUGCGUACGGAGAGGCUUCCGUACGAGGAGGAGGCGCGUACGGAGAUUACUCCGUACGUGGUGGAGGCGGGUACGGCAGUACGACAAGUGGUGCUGGUGGAGGCGGAGGUGGUGACAUGUCCGUACGAGCUGGAUUCCUACGAGGUCGUACGGCACGCUUUCUGCACAACGCAGCAGGAGCUUGCGCCUCCGGCGGCAAUGAAGGCAGUAGCCGUGCUUUGGCUUUUCGGGGUCUUCGCGUCCGGAUGGGCAUGCAUACAGGUAUCUCCAACCCCUCAGACUGCGCCUUCAACACAACCACAGGGGCAGUAGCAUACGGGGGCGUGCCCCUCAAGAUUGCCCGAGCAGUCUCAGACGCUGCCGCUGGCGCGAUGAUCUUGAUUUCGGAGCGGACCCUCCAUCAGCUGCUCCCCAUUCUGCCGCUGCUCGAGUCUUCCACCUUUGCUGCCUUUGGAGCUAGUCGAGGAGCCCCCGGUGGCCCGCCAAUGGUGAUAUACAGCGGAGAUGUGGGAACGGAGGAUUUACUGGGGUCCACUGCAACUGCCACAAUUGCCGCAACUUCCGGAGGAAUGACCGUUGCGGGCGUUAUGGCCCUCGUUAGGUCUGCCAGUACAACAAUGACAACAGCAGCGACGGCGGCAUUAGGGGCGCCAACGGCGCCGUCUCUGCUACGGACUCAGUCGACAACAGCUUUGGCCGUUAGCAAUGCUGUCAUAACAGCUUCCGCCGGUGGCAAUGCAAGCACUGCCAAAGAUGAUCAGACCCGUGUGUCAGAACGUACCGUGGCGCUGUAUCAGUUAGUUGGAUUUCGGUUGCGGCAACGGUUGCCUCAUCUGGAGCCGCUGAGAGGCAUUCGUUUCGUUCAGUUGGGCAACAUGGAGGCGCCGGUCGGACCCGACGUCGCCAUCACCUUCCUCACGGUUCCUGCUGCCCAGGCGCUACUAGCGGAUUUGGGCUCCACGGGCCGUCGAGUGCUGGCAGCCGUAAAAGCGGUGCUGGUGGGACAAUGCGGGCAGCGCGGGGGCUACGUGAUUGAGGCCGUGGAGGGGCUGUGUCUGGCUGCCUUCCAUGACCCAGCUACGGCAGCGGCAUGGGCGCUUGGCUGCAUGGAAACACUGCAGAACAUGGAGUGGCCUGCGGCGGUCUUGAACCACCCCCAAUGCCGUGAAGUGUACGACAAAACAGCAAACCGUACCCUGGCUGUUGUGCCGUACGACUCGCCAGCCAUGCGUAGUACGGCACCCAUAAAGGCUGCCACAGGCGCUUGUACGGCAACAGCAACAGCAGCUAACAAUGGGCACCAGCAGCAGCUUCAUGCGCCAUUGCCUUACACUGGAGGUCCCACAAUCGACGUCAACUCCUCUGCUUCCGCUGCCGCCCGCACUGCAACCACUGCAGCCGUUGGCGGCACGGGUGCAGUACGGCACCAGCCACCACGGCGGUCGUUGUUGCAUCGUGGCCCAAGGCUGCGCGCCGGCAUCCACGUGGGGGAGGUUGCAUGCGACGUACAUUCGAGCACGGGAAGGCUGUCGUACAGGGGCCGAGUCAUGAACAGGGCUGCCCGUAUUGCUUACAAGGCCGAGGACGGUCAGGUGCUGUGUAGUCGUACGGCAUGGACCGUCGUACAAAACAUAAUGCCGUGUGGCAGUACCCUGGAACUUGAACGCAGCAGUCCACAACAUCAACACCAGCUGCCACACACACAACAGCAGCAGCAACCGCUGCAACAGCGCGGUAGCGGCGGCAACAUGGGCAGUGGCAGUCCCGGACCGGCUGCUACUGCCGUCGGCCUUGGGAGCCCUAGUGGCAGAAGUGGUCACGCUAGCGGAGGCAGCAGUCUGCGUUGGGCGAAUAGUUUGCGAUCACUUCUGCCUCAUGCUGUUGGCGGCAGCGGCGCUGGCGCUGCUGGUUGCAGCAGCUUAGGAACUCAUCACGUAAAUGCACAACAGCCAACGAUGCAGUACGACAACCCCUCAGGUGCCGAUCAACAGCAGCAGCUGCAGUUAUCGCCGCUGCUGGCGCCGCCACCAUCACCGUCGCCGGCAGCAUCAACGACCCAUGGGUCAUCAUCGUCACCUUCACCACCACCGCCGCCGCUACUACAGCCUUUUCGCUGUCAUGCACUUAAAGACGAAGUGUGCGUCAGCAAGCCUGGUUCCGGGGACGGUGUUCGUGGCUGUGGCGGUUGCAGUAUUUGCAUGGAUGGCGGCGGCGGCGGCAGCGGCAGCGGCCGAGUGCUAUUGGCGGUUAGCCUGGGAUCGUUCAGCCUCAAAGGCAUAGCAGAGCCCAUGGAGUUGCUGCAGCUCCGAUGGGGUUCUUGUGUGUCCUGAGCGCAAGGAAACUAAACAAAUCGAAUUUCCAUGCUUCUUAAUUUUGCAAUUAAGCUAACAGUGGUAUUGCUCUUUUGGUUUCUGGUUUGCGCGUACAGAAGCUGUGCUAUUAAUGUGUCGUGCCUUUCUGGACAUUGACUAGACACAUAAACCAGACAGCAGCCAGUCAGGGUUGUAGCUAGAUCAGGAUCAGGAGCGUGACCUCUACCGCCAUCAUGUUAAGGAGUUCAGAAUCAUGCUUUAGGUGCCGGUGCAGGUGCUUAGUCAGCUGGUAGUUGAUUACAGUGGAAGGAGCUUACGUAUGCCAUGUUAGGAGGAUAGAUGGUCUGCCAGUUUCCCAUAAACACUCCCCAAGCGGUUGCCCAUGGUGGCAUAUACCUAUCUAUCUCAAUGGAGCCCGAACUAAACCAAUGGCUGCAAAUUACAAAGUGUGCAACCUAGGCCGUGGCAGGUCUGAUUGUUGUUUGGUUCCUUAUCUUGCUUUCUUCCCUUGCAAAGCUGCAGAGGCUUUGCGAGACAUUUGGACACGCGCAAGUUGCAAGUCAACCAUUGGCUGUUGGAUGUCUAAAUUGAUGGUCCUAUCGAAAGCCGAGAAGUUAUUGAUUACUUCGCCGUUUCCACCACCUACUUCAACAGUUUUACUUUCUGCUGAGUUGGGGUCACACCUACCCAAGCGGUUCCACCGACGAAUGCAGUACAUACACACGUCUAUCCUUGCCCUUUCCUUGCUUGCUGUUUCAAUGGGUGUAGGACAUGCUUAAGUACAUCAAUGUGUUGUGUCCAUGUGUUAAACGUGGCAUGCGGAUGCUGUUUUCUGGGCGCGCAUGCCAUAAACACUGCAGCUGGCUGGUUCUGAUGGCAUAUUGUACGUGUGGAUUAGCUGGUGGAUACGUACAUGUGUAUUUUAUUCAGGAUAGCGCUGAGCAUGCAGGCAGAAACUUGUCAUCAAUGACACCCUGAAUCAUGCGCACAUGUAGCUGUUCCUGGUUAGGCUACGUAGGAUGCUGCUGCUUACUUUGUUAUUGGAUGGGUGAUCGUAAGUAAGCUACCCUUUAUCCAGCCUCCCUGGACCAGCUGGCGUAGCUAGGCAGGGAGCAACAUGCAGGUUGCGGCUUGUGAGUUGCUGCUGCUGCGGCGGCAGUCCAGCUGAUGGGGUGGAGGAGCUAAGACAACUUGCAACAACAGUUUCAUGUGGUUAGUUUUGCAGAUGGCGAUGCUUGUUUCGCGUUCUUCUUCCUUCGAUCCUGUGUGGCCAUAUGUAGGGCUUGCAUAUACCUCAAGGCUUGCAAGAGUUUGCUUGCCAGGAAACAAGGUGCGCGUGCCGUGCCUAAUCAGCAACUUGCUAUCGUUAGGAUCCAUAUUGAUCAACCUGCUGCUUACCGGUGCUGGAAGCUUGAAGGAGAAGGGUGGGGUGGGAGGCGUGGUGACCCGCCGGGAUGUGGCAAAGCAGAAUGUGCUUUAGCAUGCCGGGGGAGCACCUUGAGUGUCAUCAAUAGACACGAGUCAAGAGUCACCACGGAGCCGUAAUGACGUGGGACCUAUAGCGACCCCCCCGACUAAUCCUGGGUGUAUUCGGGGGGUCUUUCUUUCUUCCCCCCAGACGUAGGGGUGGUUACCCGCACGUUAGUUGAGGAUGGUGUCUGGGUGCUGGUUGUUGUGUGAUGUGGCCUGCAUGAUGUUGUUCUUUCGGCUGGCGCACAAGCAGCACACAGCCGUAACCUGCAAAGUUUUGUCAUCACAGAGCCUGCAAUUCUAUGUUGGGUACUUCUAGCCACCAAGUUCUGACGUCGUUCCUUGGUCGGCUUCUCUCAUCAUCGUCGCAUUUUCAUUAACGUCUGUGUGUGCCCCUUUGGACAAUGCGCACAAUGUUUCAAGUGGGGGUUGUGCAGUAUGUGGAAGGUUAGGUGUUGUACAGGUUCGUAAACCCUUUGCGAACGCCCUAGGAACACAUAGCGAAGUCUCCCACGGUAGAGCACGUUGCAAUUACCGCUUUCCGAUCCAUGUGCGUCAAGAACGGCCACAUUGUGCGUGUGCAAUUAACGCUAUCUGUUCGAUUUUUGAUAGCAGCAGCAACGGGUGCCCAUCCCUCAACCGUGCACACCUACACAUGGCGGGGUCUCCCAAGGUAGAGCACGUUGCAAUUACCGCUUUCCGGCCAAUUUAUAUGCGCAACAACUGCGCAUGGCACAUGUGCAGCUGUUGCUGCUCUUUUCUCCAUUGCGAGUCAGCAACAUCUAUGCCAAAGGCGAUUGGCAUGCACCAGGAAAGCUUUGCUUCGAAGGUCAUUGUAUACUGAUUAUUGUUCUCUAUUGGCGAGCCUUGCAUAAAAGUGCCUUCACGGUCGCAUGUUCCUCAAUGCCUUUCCCAGACACUAACGAACAAUAAACUUGCUUCGCUUUUUAACCGUGCAUGAUUUCCUUGCCCACACGUAUGCCGACUGUUCAAUCUGUGUCGAAUAUGUUGUGGGAUAGACGCAUUGCAGCAUACCGUAAGUGGAGUUUACUAUGCACUGAAACUCGUGACGACUAUAUUCGUGGGUCACAGAAUCACCUGCAGUACAGCCGCUCUCAUAUUCUUGUCUAUAGACGUACUCUCUUGAAGAAACUGCUGGCUUGGGGGCUGCAGUGUUGGCGACCAUGGUCGGGACCCAUUUGCCAAAAUGCAAGCAGACGUCGCACAGCCGGCGCCACUCAAUAUGCUUACGUCCAGUGUAAGGGCGGCGGG